AUGGCCAGUGCUACGAGUGUUGUUCCUCAUCCAGUCGUCAAUUUUGGAAUGGCAUCCAACGACACGAACACUAUGAAGGUUCAUGCGGCUCCAGAGGAAGAGGCAGCUGCUCCAUUAAUCACCACUACUCCCAAAGCCAAAAAGAAAAAUGGAGUCAAGGCUACUUCUGCUAAUAGUAGGGCCAAGGCAACUCGCACUACUUCGGUACAAACAGCUCCCGUCGAAGGAGAAAAUAAUAAGCCCAGCAAUAAACCAAAGCACAAACGAUCCAAUUCCGAUACCAUGGGAAUCUCCUCGAGUGAUUUGUCUACCGCCAGUGCUCCCGUGACACCGACCCAAAAAUCCGAGAACAAACUGCUCCGAAAGGGAUCCCUAACACCCACUACACGAGGAGCGCAUCUCAAAAAGGGCGUGCAACGAGUCAAACGAGGGAAUUCCUUUGAUGGUGUUGGAGCUAGCAGCAACAGUAGCAGUCCAAAGCCAGAAAAACCAACCAUGAAAAAGGCUCCCUCUCUAGGACAAAUCAAGGGGAAAAAGAAGAAAGAUUUGGUGCAACAAACGACAAAACGAAUGAGUUCCAGUGUCUCCAAACUCAAGGCUGCCAAAGAUCUAAGCCAAUCGGUAGGGAGACUCAGUGCCAGCACGUCCAAGCUCAAAAUAUCCAAAGAUCUUUCUGCCGUAGAACAGCAAACGGCCAAAUGGCUUGCCAUCAGCCUAGCCAAAAUAAAAGCCGCCAAUCAAGACUUGGAAUCCGGAGGUAUCACUCCCAUGCCACCAGCAUCCGGACGACCUUCCCUGGAGAGCAACGACAAUAUGGAGCAAGAAGAUGAAUCCAAUGGUCCGGGCAGUCCUGGAGCCGGAACACCCAGGUCUUCCGUGGCAUCCUUGAAGCCGAAAACCAAGAAUCGUGGCGGCAGUCCAGGAGCAAAAUCACGAUCGUCCGUGUCAUCGGUCAGAUCCAAACAAUCCAAGGGGAAAUCCAAAGCCCGCGCCAAAAGCGUCAUGCUGGGGAAUAAUUCAGCGUCUUCCUCCUCCUUGUCGCAGAACAAGAGACAUUCCCAUGGCACCAAGGUAGCACGACAACAAAGUCCACAACAGCAACGAUUCAUGUCGGAAUCCGAACGACUCGCUCCCAUUAGUGACAAAGUGGAUACGGCAUCGUCGAGGUCGUGUCGAACUGUUUCCGAUUUAGAAGUCCGAUUGGAAAGUCAACGAAUGCUGGACGAAGGAGCAUUUUAUGAUCCACAAAAGACUAAAUCGACGGCUAGCGACGCACUCUCAUCGACAAUCCACGGUUCUGGCAUUAGUAGUGCUGCUGCAAAAAAACAAGUCAGUAACAAGACAUCGUUGGAUUCGAAAUCGGCACAUGGGUUACCGACCAGUCUGUAUGCGGCAGAGGCGGCAGCAAAAGCCCGUUCGUCGUUGCAGGAGCAAAUGACCAAUCAAUCGGAACGAGUGCAUCGACGACGCGCCCAGCAGACGGACGCCAAUAACAACAAGCCCAAACCAGGAAACGUGACAUUUUUUGGCAAUCCGCUGCUCCCCAUUGAUAUUGUCGGAAAGAUGCAGAAACUGCCCAAAUUAAAUUUGAUGCAUCACAAGGAUGCUCUUCAAGUACUGGGAUCCAUCAACUCCAUGAAACGACAACAACUCAACGUGAAAAUGGAAUCAACGAAUGCUUCCACCGCAGCUUUGCCGUUGUCGCGGAGUUUGACCAAUCCCAGCAGCAGCAAUAAUGAAACUCCGUCGGAGGAUGGAAAAGCAAAGACAGAAUUAAAAGUCAUUCAACUGCUCAAAACAGCCGGGACGGCAGCAUCCGCAACACUCUCCAUGACGGGCUUUAAAGGUGGCGAUCCGGAAGAUCAAAUCAAUCAUGAUCGCUCUUUGAUUGUAGCUCCGUUUUAUUUGCGAAAUCACAGCAAUUCCAUGGUUCGAAGACGUCUGAUCGGUGUCUUUGACGGUCACGCCGAACACGGAUGCAGAUUUGCCGAGCACUGUCAACAGCUAUUGCCGAGCUUGCUCUCGCGCAAACUGUCGGAGGAAUUCAAAAGGGCCGUGGAAGAUAUUUCGGCAGGCAUCAAAACGGGGGAAGACGAGGUGGCAAUCACGAAACGAGUGCUGAUAGAAUCCUUUGUCAUUAUGGAUGAAUCCUCUCCCAGAGAGGCUACGGGGGGAUGCACUGCUACCGUGGUCUACCAACAAGGCCAAAAAGUAUUUAUUGCUAAUACGGGCGACAGUCGCUCGUUCAUUGCAGUUUAUCGAAAGAACCAUCCCCACAUAGUUCAGCAUCAAAAGAAAGAAAAGGGGGGUAGCCCAAAGCAAUCGAAGAGUCCGAAAUCAAUGACAGCAGAUGAUACACCCACCGUCAGUCACACAAAGGUGGUAUAUAUGAGCAGGGAGGACAAACCUGACCUUGUCGACGAACGAACACGACUAGAAGGAUGGGGAGGGGAAAUCAUACCGGCCGAGAAGAACAAAUCUGCCAAAGUCAGAUUCCAGGCGGGCCGCUCCGGCAAAAUAUCUGCUACGUUGAGUAUGAGUCGGAGCAUUGGAGACUGGCAAUUCACUCCCCUUGGCGUUAUCGCGGAUCCAAUCGUCGAUGUCCUGGAUCUCAAAGAGCUAGUCGAAAACGAAAUGAGCUCUGAUGGCGACGAUGAGAACAAUGACGAUGAUGUCUGCGUGUUUGCAGUGUGCGUUUCUGAUGGCAUGAUGAUUGAAAGCAAUGACGAGGCCGAAGUUGUCGCGUCGGAACUCGCUACCAGCCUCUUCAGUGACGACGGCCACUAUCCCUUGAGUUCGUGUCAACACCUCAUCACCAGGACUGCUGCUGUUUGGGAUAAACGAAACAAAGGGAAGUUUCGCGAUGACAUCACAAUCGCUGUGACAGUUUUGAGAGCACCAUCUUCGUCGGGUGACUAG